AUGAAACUACUUCUGCCAUUCCUCUUCUUGGUGAUUGCCAUUCUCGCGGAAGACAUCACCAAGAUCAAACCGGACAGAAUACCGAACGAGGACACUGCUCCUGAUGGUAACUUCUGCAUUUAUCCGCCCAAUUCUUAUUUUUUGUUCAGAGGAAACCAAAUGGAGACUGGAAGCCAUCCGAAAACUAUGGAACGAGCGGCGGAAGAUGGGACACACUCCGAUAACAAAGUACAGUCCGAAAGGAUUCCCGAAUGCCGACAUCUUCUUCAAAAACGAAACGGCGACUGCCACAAGGACGCUGAAGCAUAGAUUCGCGUGGGCUCUUCUCCUCUGGGCCAUCACUGAAGGUGAGCAGUGAGCAUUGACGUCGUGCAAGAGUCGCGUUUCCAGGAAAAGUCACUUCGAAGACUUCCGCCGUCUACGAUUCGACGUCGGGAAACACGGGCUCGGCGGAAGCGUACAUGUGCACACUCGUCGACGUUCCGUACUUUGCCGUCGUCGCAGACAAUCUGGAGGCGGAGAAAGUGAAACAGAUUGAGAGUUUCGGAGGGAAAAUCAUUAAGGUUCAAGGAAAAUCUCUUUGAGCAACAAAGUGACUAACUCCCUUUCAGGUCCCCGUUGCUCUGAGAAAUGCGAAAGCCAAGGAAUUUGCAAAGAAACAAAACGGAUUCUACAUGAAUCAGUUCGGAAAUGCCGAGAAAGCCGAGGAAUUCCACGAAAGCGGGGAUUUCUACUUUGAGUCGACUAAUGUUUAUCACGAGAUCAUUGUGCAACUGAAAAAGGACAAAGAUCAAGUCGUCAAGAUUCCCGACUACUUUGUCCAUUCGGCGGGAACCGGGGGUACCAUCUCGUCCGUCGGGCGGUACAUUGCCAGAUACGGAGCGCCCACGAAAGUAGUGCUCUCGGACUCUCAAUUCUCGCUCUUUUAUGAUUACGUCAUCGGAAACAAGUUCACAAACCAGUCGGGAGCCGGCAUUUGGACUCCUCCGGGCAUUGCUGGAAUCGGAUACGGAUACGAUAUUGAGCCAGUUUUGUACGGAGAAACGACCAGUCUGACUAGGAAUGUGAUCCACGAGGCCAUGAAAAUGCCGGACAUUGCAACCGUCGCUUCCAUGCGAAUUCUCGACGCAAAAGGCUAUAAUGUGGGUCCAUCGACGUCGCUCAAUUUCCUGGUUUCUCUCUACAAAGCCUAUCAGAAGAAGUAAGUCCGCCUGGUAACCCCUCUUCCACAGUUCAUUUGCAGAGCUAAAGCGUCGGCGAUCAAGCACCGGCUGACUAUUGUCACCCUCGCCAACGACCCCGGAGAUUUCUAUCGUAGUACUUAUUUGAACGACGAAUGGGUCGACAAGAGCUUCAAGAAGUUCGGCGGCGUCGACGGAAUGAACUGCUGGAAGAAUCUGAUCGAAGAGUCAAUGGAAACCGGGUCCAACUUCUACUCGAAAGGCCUCGACGUGUGUCCCGGCAAUUUCAGAAUCUAA